AUGUCGGCUGAUUCGGCUGCUAACCCGCACGUCUUCUCACCAACAGCCUCCGGUCGCUCCAGUCCUGCGCCGUGGUCCGCACGCAACGCGACAGAAGAGCCGCUGUACAAGAAAGAUAAAGGCUUCCGACGAUAUGCGGCCGGUGUUGAACGCGCCCUCGCCCUCUGGGAUACGGCACAGCAGGAAUGGGCCGACUAUAUUUCCUUCUUGGGAAGACUGCUGAAGGCCCUGCAAGCGCAACCUUCAGACAUACCCGUCAUCCCACAUAGCGAUACUGUCGCACUGCGAUUAGCGCAGUGCUUGAAUCCAACAUUGCCCUCGGGCGUUCACCAAAAGGCACUGGAGGUCUAUGAUUACAUCUUCUCCACCAUCGGUAAAGAUGCCCUCGCCCGUGACCUCAACCUCUACUUCCCCGGCCUUGCCUCCGUCCUCUCGUUCGCUUCUCUUUCGGUUCGCCCAUUGUAUUUGUCCAUCUUCGAAAGAUAUAUAUUGAAGCUCGACGAAGCUGCCCUCCGACCGGCCUUGAAGGCCAUUAUACUAUCGCUUCUGCCUGGUCUGGAAGACGAGACAAGUGAGGACUUUGAGCGCAUGGUCUCCGCGACGGAGAAGUUGCGGAAAGCUGUUCAGGAAAAUUCUGACCAUGUCGCCGGCACCAAGAGCACCAGUGGUUCGUCGCACUUCUGGCAAUGCUUUUUCUUGGCCACUAUCACGAAUUCAUCCAGAAGACAGGGUGCACUUGCGUUCCUCGUACGUCGUCUACCAAAGUUUGGACGUUCCAUUCGCCGUGCCUCUCCAUCCGAUCCUUCUACGCCCGUGGAGACUCUUUCCGUUGAGGCCGAGGCAGCUACAUCUCCAGAGCCAGGUCUACUCAUUCGUUGCUUCGAGUCAGGGCUCUCAGACCCUCAGAUACUCAUCCAACGCGGCUUCCUUGACUUAUUAGUCAGCCAUCUGCCUCUCGAUUCGCCGGUUUUGCAGCAGCGUGUUGGCAAAGGAGACUUAGAGCGACUUGUAGCUGCUGCUUCCAGCGUUGUGUCACGAAGGGAUAUGAGUUUGAACCGCAGACUUUGGGCAUGGUUCCUAGGGCCAGAACCCAGCGCGUCCGAGGGUACUGAUGGCAUCACGUCCCCAAGUGCUACUGCAGACCCUGCCUCGCAGCAAGCUGCUUUUUUCUCACGAUACGGCCUAGAGGCGCUAACAAACAGUGUACUCAAGAUAAUAAACCGACGUAGCAAGCUACCUACCGAGAGAGCACGCCCUUUUAGGUUAUGUCUUUCUCUCAUGGAUCGCUGGGAAGUGGGUGGGUUGAUUGUACCCGAGAUCUUCCUCCCAGCUUUACAAAGUGUUCACUCAUACAGUGAGACUGCCUCAAAAGAUGAGGUCGAUGAGGUCAUGAGAAGUGCAAGUGCAUUUUUCGAUGGCGUUGAUAGCGGUCUGAUCUGGGGUAAGCUUAUAGAGCUCAUCACAUCUUCCCUGCAGAUUGAUGGCGCUACUCAUGACGAAGCCUUGCGAAAAAUGAAGCUGGCAAAGUUCGUUCUGGCGCGCUUCAAUCUCAAAGAAGAGGACAUGUUGUUGCAUCACAUGCCUUUGAUGGUGUUAUCAACCCUGACUUCUUUGAACGACACUAUCGAGAAGACGGGAAAGCCAACAGCCAACAUCGAAGUGUUGAGUCUCGCUCUCGAAAUCACCGACUCACUUGUCCAGAUUGUACCAGAUCGGUCGUUUCAAGGUAAUCAGGCAACGGACGGCCAACUAGCCGAAGCCAUCAAGAUAUCUCGAGCCGAUGUAUCUCAGCAAAUCCGGACUUUUUAUGAAGAGUCUCAAGGAAGUCUUGAUGCUGCAGACAUUCCCUUUGAUCCACCGCAACUAGGUCAGAUCGUGCUGCGCGAGGCCUCACGCAUGUUCACGACGGCAUUGUACUCAGUGGACACUCAUAUUCCCGUCGAGACACCUGCCAAGAUUCUGGCCAAUUUGAUAUUCAAGACACAACGUCUGGAUGCCAUCAAAGACACCAAUCUUCCAUCUGUCUUCGCGGAUGUUUUCCAGACCUCAGCUGGCUCCACGCCAAAACUUGGGUUUCCGCAACUGAGCGCUAUGGCAGCUGUUCUGUUAGCACUUCAGACUGCAAUUCCCUCUGAACCUUGCAUUCCCUCCGGUCAACUUUCUGAGCUUGUGCAUCCACUUGUCGGUCAUUUCUGGCAGUAUCUUUCACCAACAUUACCAAAGUACCACGUCGAAACCGCCCGGUGCAUGUUACAGUUGCACUCGAUCGCGCCGGCUCGUCGAAUGGUGGAAAGUGCAAUCUCCGCUAUUAUCGUAGACCAGACGUCCCGAGGCACGACAUCUACAGGCGCCUCAAAUUGUGGUCGGAGAUUUGCAACGCUCUGGACCCAUGUUAUGCAUGAACUUAGUCUACAGUCGGAAAAACGUGCGAAUCUUACGCGCAGACUGAGCGCUAACGUACCCCCAAGCUCAGCACCUGCAGGUGAUUUCCACGCUGUCCUAACAAGGCCGCUACUUCUGCUUCUCGACACUCUCGCAGAAGAAGGAUGUGAAACGUCUACCUUUAUGCAGAACUGGCUGCAAGACCUUCCGAGCUUGAACAGAGUGUUUGAAGUUCUAGCAAUUCACAUUCAAUCUCUCAAUUGUUUGGUAGCCUCCAGUAGCCUGGCGCCCGAUACGGGUACACACAGGCGCCAACCACCUGUGAAGAGAGAUGACACCAAGGAGUGUCUCUACUAUCUCAAGCACGUUCUCAACAUUAUCAAGAUACCCUCACAUUUCACCUGGGUAACACUUGCCGAGGUGACGGUGGCGUGGAUGGAACAACCAACGAUGCGUAUCUCCGUCCAGGAGUGGCUCGUACGCACGUCGUUGAAGACAUUGUCGCUUCAUACCGCCGAUAUAGAAACGGACGUUGAUUGUCACAUACAUGAACUGCAUCGACUGUCAGUUUCGAUCAUAUCGCAAAUCUACCGAAGCCCCUUCGCAGCUCCACUUCGAGACUUGGAGCUUGAAGUGCCCAUCAUGGCGAGGCUGAGAUCAGCAAAUCCAUCUCUACAAAGCCUCCUUCUGGAUGCAGAAUUGGCUGCUUUGAAACUACGCCUUACUCGUCCACCUGAGCCCGAGCCGGAGUUAAAACCGCCCACACUUCCCACGAAUCGAUCUCGGAUCUCUUUGGCACUUAACAGAGAAUCAGAAGAUCACACACCAGCCCCAAUACCGCCCCCUCCGCAACUCGUCGAAUGCUUAAAAUUCGGCUUCUCAUCCCCAACCAGUCGCUUGGUUCUCGACGACUGGAUACACUUUCUCGUUGAAGUCCUACCGAUUUUUGCAGAUACAAUCUUCCAGAAUCUCCUUCCGCUCGUGGAGUGCCUGUGCAAGGAAAUUAACAUCACUUUCGAGCACUUGAAGUCGACCUUUGUGAAGGGUCAACCUCUGCCUGUCAUAUCGCCUGAGUCGACAUUGAUAUCCCUCAUGAAUGGUUUAGAGCAGAUCCUUGCCAAGGCACACGAACGUUUGACAUCGCAAGAAACGAAGGUAUCUGCGCACAAGUCUCCAGAGCAGCCCCAAGGGUUCUUUAGUAAUGUCGUUUCUGGAGUGUUUUCAUCCGAUACGGGUCAGACGCGUACGCCAACCGCCAACAGCAGGCUUACAGUCCUACUUUGCUUCCAAGAUACCGUUCGCAUAUGCUUUGCGAUCUGGUCGUGGGGAGGCUAUGGGCACAGACCAGAAUUGCAAGACGCUACAUCGGCAUCGUCCUUUGCGUACACUUCACUGCGCAUGCGUAAUCGCGCUCGCCGUACACUGGAGCAUUUGUUCGAUGCUGAAGCGCUGGAAUGUCUUGAGACUUUGGCAGUACUUUGGGCACAUGCAAAAAGAGAUGCCAUCGAGGGUUCUGCGGUCACGGGUCUUCUGAAUGUACUGAAUGGCUCCAAACCUAAACACACCAUCCCAGCAAUGUUCAACGCGGUAUACAGCCGAACCGACCCCGGUGCUUUGGAUAGCAACCGACUAUCAACCUUGACCUCGGAUCUUACUGACACAGAACUGGUUGCUUUUCUUGUGGAGUACACUAAUUCCCUGGAAGACGAUGCCAUGGACGAGAUUUGGCAGGACUGCACAUUGUUCCUGCGAGAUGUGCUUGCAAAUCCAUUGCCUCAUCGUCAGAUACUGCCUAUGCUCCUAGAGUUUACUGCUGUUAUUGGCCAAAAGGUUGAUAAUACCAACUUUGGGGAGCAGCGCAAGAUGAGGAGAGAACUUGCGGACAUAUUUGCUAGGGUUCUGACUGCAAUCUUCACAACCCGCUCGAUGAGCUAUUUACAAGACACGAACCAAGUUGCUAACGAGAAGCCUCCCCCGGUCACCAAUGGCAACCGUGCACAGAAACGGGCGAACGAUGUUGUCUCUAUUCUCACUACCAUUGUGCCAAAGCUUUCAAUUAUCCUGGUGGAGAACGACCGAGUUGCGAAGGUCGUCUCAGACAUCUCGACAUCAGUCAUCGGCCCAACCUUCCGCGCUAAAGCCUUCCCCGAGAACGUAUCGGGAAGUAUACUGGAACUACUCCAAGGUCUCACAAAAAUAGCACAAGGGAACAAAAUCCUCAAGAAAGACACAUACGAUGCUUUCAACGACGCCAGGUUCUUCAAUACGCCGCUUCCUCUACUCCGGGACGCGUGGCUUCCUAUCCUGGAGCAAUGGACUCAAUCCGACAAGGAGCGUGUCCCAGAACUACUAUCGCGCUUAUCUGCGCCAACGACGGCUGGCAUCAUGUUCGGCGUCGGCGCUACAUCUGCGCGGCAGGAAGCUGACCGCAAGACACAAUUUACAUUGCGACGCAUCGCACUGCUCAUUCUUGGUAGCGCCGAAGACGCUUUCACGUCCAAUAUAGCACAAAUAGUCGAGAAGUUGGUCGAGUUGCUUACGGCUACACCUGCUUCGUCGCCGUCCUCUGUAACGCGCGCAGAAGUCAUGGUGCUAUUGCGUGCUGUUAUUUUGAAGACGUCACCUGUACACCUAGCGCCGUUGUGGCCAGUCGUGAACGGCGAGCUGAAGUCUGGACUUUCAGCACUUCUACCAGAUGCACCAAACAAGGAACACUACAACAACGCCGGCAUUAUCCAGAUAUGCAAGCUGUUGGACGAGCUAGUUGUGCUCGAUCCCGAUGACUUCCAGCUUAUGGAGUGGUUGUUCGUUUCCGAUACUAUUGACGCUGUAUACAAACCCAUCAACCUACCGACACAGAUGUCUCUUACGGAUGAAAUCAGCGAUGUUCUCACUAGAUCGUCGACUGCACUGGCAGCUCCUCUAACGGGGCUCAACGGAACCGAUGCGGAGGAAAGCAAGAGGACUCUACUACUUGAUCCGCUCAUCGAGGCGCUGGAAAAGGAAGAGGGUGCAGCUGUGCUGGACAUGACCCGAGGAGAGCUCAUUAGUCGGUUGGUACGGCCAUUUCUGGGGAACAUAGCGAUGAAUGCAUUUGAGGCGCGGUACGGGGGCGGGGAGGCGGACUGGCAGGGUAUCUGGAAUAGCGUGGUUCAUGAUGCUGGGUCUUAG